AGGAGGAAAUGACUCACGUUCCUGUGGCCGGCCGGCCUCGGGCAGCACCCUUCAGCGCAGGAGCGGCGAGAGCAAGCUGGAGAUGGUGGACCAUCUUGCAAACACUGAGAUCAACAGCCAGCGCAUUGCUGCUGUGGAAAACUGCUUUGGGGCUUCUGGACAGCCCUUAGCCGUGCCGGGAAGGGUCCUUCUAGGAGAAGGGAUUUUAACCAAAGAAUGCCGCAAGAAACCAAAGCCUCGCAUAUUCUUCCUUUUCAACGACAUCCUCGUCUACGGCAGCAUAGUCAUCAACAAAAGGAAGUACAAUUCCCAGCACAUCAUUCCCCUUGAAGAUGUCACUUUGGAGACGCUGCCAGACACCUUGCAGAUGAAGAACCGCUGGAUGAUUAAAACCUCCAAGAAGUCCUUUGUGGUUUCCGCGGCCUCCCUCACGGAGAGGAAGGAGUGGAUCAGCCAUCUGGAGGAGUGCAUCAGGCACCUGCUGACAAAGACGGGCCGGCAGCCCUCCACGGAGCAUGCGGCCCCCUGGAUCCCAGACAAGGCGACAGACAUCUGCAUGCGCUGCACGCAGACCAAGUUCUCCACGCUCACCCGAAGGCACCACUGCCGCAAGUGCGGCUUUGUCGUCUGCGCAGACUGCUCCAGGCAGAGGUUCCUGAUGCCCCGGCUGUCCCCCAAGCCCCUGAGGGUCUGCAACCUGUGCUACAGGCAGCUGCUGGCAGAAAAGAAGAAGGAGGUGGAGGCAGAUUGCAGACAGCCGGAGCCGAUACGCUCUGCCAUCCCAGGCUACGAACCCUCCAGCGGCGAUGACAGCGACAAGUCUGACGACGACAAAGCUGACCAGUGGCCAGCAGACACAGAGUUUUAUACCUCAGAAGUAUCCUGGUCAUCUUUCCAUAGCUGACCUCCUUGGGAGUCGGUGGCAUUUAGACAUUGGGAAGCCAAUUUCUGGCCUCCAAUGCAUGUCCUCUUGAUGUUUUCUCUGGAGGCCGUGCCUAGGAAGGUGGAUCUUGGCCCCUGUGUGUGGCGUCUGCGUGGGGAGCAGAGAUGGUGUUACCCCUCUGAGAAUGUCUCAUACGAUGAGAGCACAGAGAGCAACAGCUCAGUGAAGAGCACGGACUGGGGCAGAGACCUGCGGAUCAGCCUUGGCCAAAUGAGCUCACCCUUCGAUGCCUUAGUCUUCCCGUCUGCAAAAACAGAGCAAUACUAACUUCUUUUCUCAAAUGCUUUGAGAUCGGCUCUUGGGAGAAAAAGGAGCAAGAAAUCCUGGCGUUAAACAUGCUUGCCUGCUAGUGGUGCAUUCCUCUGUCAUGGCGAGGGGCACUCCGGAUGCCGUUUUCCAUGAGCAUUGCAUCUACGUCAGAGAUUCUCAUUGCAAGCAUGCCAGCCGGAGGGGAUAGCCACUCAUCCCUGCACGGUAAGGUCAGCACGGGUUUCCGUUUCUACACCCAGGUCUCUCAACUUUGGAAACACUAAGGAAAUGAUGUUCCGACUGCAGGCAGCUCAUAUGAGGCUUGGCGUGAGCAGCCUUAGCAAAGCGCUGGAGCAUCCAGUUCUCUCGCAUGGAAAGAGGCCAUUUUGGUGGUACCGGGCCAGGAGGGAGGAAGGAGAGGGGAAAGGGACAGGUAAAAUUAUACAGAGGAGUGAGAUAAGGAGGGAGAGACUUACUGCAGUUAACUAACUGCAGUUAACUAACUGCAGAGCCCCAGAUCUCAAAAACAGGCAGUUCCACCCCAUUACCAGCAACCUGAUGAACUCAAGCCUAUGAGGUAAAAGGAUAGCCCAGGGAAGACUUGUUAAAAGUCUUGAAAAGUGCAGGACAGUGCCCCAAAUUAAGAUCCUAUGAAGUACAGCACUUCAACUUCCACUUCCCUCCCGAGCAGGAGCCCAAGGCAUUGAAUACUGACUUGUGGGCUCACCUCAUGUCUAUCAAUCAGUCUCACGAGUCCAAAGUUAAGUUCCUUUAUGUACUUCCAGGAUUGGAGCCCAAGACUUUACAGUUAACUUGAGAUCAACUUUAAAGUUCAAAUUAAGUUAGAAAUAAACCAUGUUUAUUCAAGUAUUCUAUCAUAAUAUAGCGUGGGAGUAAAUAUACUGAAAAUCAGACAACAGCAAUAGUUUUGCAGCAGACAUUUCUACAAACGCCGUUAUUACUUUUAGUAUAUUUUUGUAUUGUGUAUCUUAUGCUCUUGAAAAGGAACAUGGCUGGGAGUACACUGCCAAUGUUAUAAACCGUUUCCUUACCAUGACCUGUUCCAAACAGUGCAUUGCCUGCCAGAUAGCCAGACUUAGGGUUUUUUAAAUUUCAGUUCAAAGUAAUCAUUCUUACUGUCUUUUGUAAACUGCCACUGUUCCAAUGAAUUUGUAUCACUUGACUGUGUGUGAAUAAAAAUAUGGCCAACAGGAAGAAGCCAGGAAAAUAUG